CUUGUUGCUGAGCAGCAGCAGGCGCGAGCUCAUCGGCGCGAGGACGUGAUUCUGCUGGACGCUUCUCUUCGUGGCUUCAGGAAGUCUGGUUUGAUGUCUGCAUCACUUGUGUGUCCGUGGCCCUGUGGAUGCAUCUAUGGACUCCUUUUCCUUGCCUCCUUAUCACACCUCAGUGCAGGCAGACUGGGCAGCUGCAGCCACCCUUUGGUCCCCGAACACGGAGGGUUUGGCUGUGAUCCGUCUCCUUGUCGAGGAUUCCCCCAGAAAAGUUACAUCUAUUUCUUCUGUGAGCCUGGCUACCACAUCAGCAGCAAGGUCCGCAGCUCAAAGUGCCACCAGGGCAAGUGGCUCCCUCCAAUUCCUACCUGCACUCCACUCAAAGAGAGUCCUAAUGAGAGUUCUGAGGACAAAGCGGCUCAGUCCCUGCCGAGUGUGGCUACAACAGCUGUGGCCGUGGCCAUCUUCCUACUCACCACCACCGUCUGCCUCAUCCUCAAGUCGCGGCUCUGCCCCUGUCACUCUCACAGCACCUGUCAGUCCUUGGACCAGCUGGACCUAAUGGCGGAGGGUCCCACUGUCCCGUUGCCCUCCUAUGAGGAAGCAGUGUAUGGUAGCUGGGGCCAGAGGCUGCCCACCUGUUUGGCCCCAGGUCCCACACAGCUUUUGAUGAAUCAGGACACUCCAGAAUGUCACCACUCUCCUCUCAAUGGCCAAUCAGAUACCAGCCACGGCCCGCUACUAUCUGAACACACCUCAGGCAGCCCCCCGCCCCCUUACAAGGAGGUCCAGUCACAUCCCAGAGACAGGCUGAGUGAUGGUGACACCUACCACCUACAACUUGCACUUUCAGAUGACAAAGACAUUUGAUUGACAUGCAUUAUACUGACUUCUUUUCUACUGUAUGGGCAGGUGCUUGUGAACUACAUUUGUUUAAUUUAUACAUCACUCAUUCAUGGCUGCCGACCAUGUCGGAGACGUUCAAGUGUUUAUUGAAGGUGAGGAACCAAACAAAGAAGGAGCCCUGAUUGGAGCAGGUGUUACAUGGCUGCAGCAUCAGGACACUUUCAUUCCUAUUUUAUGCAGAGCUGAUUGGCCCGCUGAGGUCAUCUCUGACUGACGAUGACUUUGUUACAUUUCUAAAGGCUUAUCUUAUAUUUGGGCCCCGAACUCUUCACAAUUGGUAUGUAUUGUGUUGACCCUUGUUUUCAGAAGGAACCUCUAGUUACCUCCAGUCUACCCAAUACACCACCAACGAAUGGUUUCAAUCAGAUGGACGUGUGUGUGUGUGCACACGCGCCCUGGCAAGGACCCCCUUUCUGAGACAAUUACAUAGUUAAUCAGUUGAAAACACUUUUCCAGGGCGCUGUGUAAAGCCUGCUCACUGUUCAAUGUAUACUCAACAAAAAUAUAAACGCAACACUUUUGGUUUUGCUCCCAUUUUGUAUGAGAUGAACUCAAAGAUCUAAAACUUUUUCCACAUACACAAUAUCACCAUU